CGGCGGGGCCGUAAUGGCGGCGUGAGGCGGAUCUGGGCCCGGGCCUGGUACCCCGCCCGCACACGCUGUGCCACCGCUCCCGGGCCGCAGGCGCCGUGUGGGCGCCGAGCUGUGAGGUCGCAGGUCCUUCGAGGGUGGUAGAGCGUACAGGGCCCCGUCCUUGCCGUGGAUCAGUCAGGGCCCUACAGAGCCCAGGCCCUGGUGCCCCUCGUUAGUGUAACGUUACCUCGCUGGGAAGUGCUGGUGGCGUCUGGUGGGAGCAGCGGCUGGCACGGAUGGGUACGAGAGUGAAAACGUUUUGAGUUAAUAAGCGCAUAAAAGGAAGAACGAGUUUAAUGGUGAGAAUGUGUCCCCAGGUUGAUGGUAAAUGUGUGAACCCCACAGCAUCAGCUCCCUGGUCACGACGAGCAGGCCCCUCGUAGAGACCUCCUGCUAAUGGACAGGCUCCGGAGCUUCCCCAGGCUGGAGGAAAAUGGGGAAUAAAACAUUGGCUGUGGAUCAGUGAUUGCUUCAAGUUCAUCGCCCACAAAAAAAGUCACAGGAAAAAGCUGUUGGUGAAGCUAUGAAGCCCAGGAACACUGAUAACUGCCAACAACCUUGCUUUCUUGCAGAUAAUUGGGACUUGGCUGAUAAAUUAUAAAAAUGAUCCAACAGAAGAAAGGUCAAUGUUUAAAGCUGACUGUAAAGCUUCUCAUCCAACUGAAAUCAGCACUGCAAUUACUGUAGGUACCAGUGAUGGGAUCCUUGCACGAUCAAAGCAAGCCGUAUGAUACACAGGAUUUAUGCGCUGGGGCAGCAGCAGCAGGUCUCAGCUAUGUUGGGGCAUAUGUCAUUAACACCUACAAGAGCUACGACAACUUUCUGCAGGACAAGUAUGCUCUAUUGCCAGCCGUGAUCAUUAUUUGCAUCGCUGUGGUAAUGUUCAUCAUCGGGUUGAUCGGCUGCUGUGCCACCUUCCGGGAGUCUCGAGUUGGUCUAGGGGUGUUCUUGGCCAUUAUCCUGGUUAUCUUUAUUGCAGAAGUAUCUGCUUUUGUCCUGGGAUUUGUUUACAGGGAAAAGGUAAAAACUGAUGUGCAAGGCACAAUGCACUCAGUCUUUGAGAAGUAUGAUGGGAAAAAUCCGGAGUCUGCUGUUGUGGAUUACUUGCAAGAGCAGCUUCAUUGUUGUGGGGUAAAGAACUACAGUGACUGGACAACCACGCAGUGGUUUAAUUCCACCGGUAACAACAGUGUCCCUCUGAGCUGCUGCAGGCAAGAUAUGAAGAACUGCACGGGCCAUCUGGAUCAGCUACAGGAACUCAAUACACGGGGCUGUGCAGAGGAGCUGGAGUCUGGGCUGCAGAGUGUUAUCAGCUAUGCCAUGCUUGUAAUCCUGGGGUUUGCCAUUGUAAAGUUCUUCGGCAUGCUGAGUGUCUGUGUGCUUACUUGCAAAAGAGAAGACCGUGGAUAUCAGCCUCUUUACUCAGGGGUGUUUGCUUAAUAAAAUGCAAAGAUCACUUUUCUUUUGCUUCCUGAUGAUAAAAUAGACUUGUAAAGAUGAACGCUAAAGGACAAUUUAUGACCUUCGUGCUAAAUAUUUUGUGUAUAUGAAACAGAAAGAACACUGUGUAUUGAUUUGGGAAAGUUUCUUGCAGGUGAUGUGAAAUGACAAUUUCAGUAUUCAGUGAUCUGAAGUAACGUACCCUGAUCUUACAUACCACAGCUUUCUGUAAGGUUGUUGUACAGUUGGAUUUGCGACUUUAGAUAGCACCAGAUGGUGUAAUAGACUCCAGAAAGAAUCUUAGUUCUGCAGGUCUUUCCCCUUGAAACAUGCAGAAGAAAUGUUAUUUUUAGUCACUAAACUGAUUGAGACCACAGGAGGGGUUUCAGCUGUCUGCACAAACAUCAGAUGAUUCCCAUGGCAUGGUUAAACAGCAAAAGAAACUUUUGAAUGCCAUGUUUAAAUAUUCUUCAUAAGCAUGGGGAGUUAGAAUAAGUUUUCUCUAUAUCUGAUAGUGUUUCUGCAUUUUUUUUCACUCCUUUUUAUGGUCAUAUGUUAUAAUUCAGUUUGCUGCAGAGGUGGUUAGUGCAAGACAACCCCAUGUUUAAAGUCUAGAACAGACAUUUGAGUUGUUUUUCUGAAGCAGCUAGCAAAUGUGAACAAUUCCAGGUUAGGAGGGGAUGUGUGUUUUGAGCUUUUUGGGCUCGGGACAUCUCUCUUUGGCUUGGGUUUUUUGUCUUUCUUUUAAUUAUUAUUUUUUGACAUUAAGAAUUGCUUAUGAAGCAGGGCUUUUCAAAUUUUCUUUUUCCUCCUUUUACUGAUGCUUUUAUGGUUUGUCUACACAAAGACAGGCUAUGUCUCUGUGUUUAAUGUAGAGGUUGCGAGAGUUUCUGAGAUGAAUACAGGCUGGAAGAUGGGAGUCACAGGACACGUUGGCUCGGUGUGGUUGUGUAGACAGGACUGCUGGAGGGGUUAGUGCAGCCGUCCCUGUGCCACUGAAGGUCUGACCGCUUUUCACCGCUAAAAAUAUUAAGAUGAUGCCUUCUUGUACCGAGCAAUUUCAAUAACCUAUUGUCUGGACUCCUUGUUUGCUCGUUUUUCCGUUCUCC